GUGAUAGAGUUAUGGAGGGAAGAAGAGAAAAAGAGUCAGUGAAAGAGAAAUGGAGAAACCUAGGGAAGUUGUUCAUGUUAGAGCAAAGAGAGGACAAGCUACUGAUAGCCACAGUUUGGCUGAAAGGUUGAGAAGAGAAAAAAUAAAUGACAAGCUGAGGUGCUUGCAAGAUCUGGUUCCAGGAUGUUAUAAGACGAUGGGAAUGGCUGUAAUGUUGGAUGUGAUUAUUAACUACGUACGGUCGUUGCAAAACCAAAUCGAUUUUCUAUCAAUGAAACUUUCAGCAGCAAGUUUAUUCUAUGAUUUCAAUUCAUCAGAUGCAGAAGCCAUGGAAGCAUUACAGGGAACCAAUGGGUAUGAAGCAGUACAAAUGGUGGAGAAACUUGUUGGAGAAGGCUAUGGAGGAAUUUCCCAGUUCCAAGCACCUUGGUCUCUUUAA